AUGGAAACAUUAGUCCAGAGACUCCCGGGUAACUUCCAGACAAGCAGCCCCCGUUACCUGGGUGACGAUGACCCUCAAAUCCAGGCUUACUUGAUUCAUCAAGCAACAAGCCCUGAACCUGUGGAGGACAUUUUUGAUGAAGACGAAGUAAUACGCUUGUAUAUUCCAGAGUUAGAGAAUUACGGGGGUGAAGAGACAGAGAGGAGUGACCCACAGCUCCAAAGCAGUGACAUUCCUGUUUAUGAAGAUCAAAGAUCUGUCAGUGAGUUUACACAUCAAGGAAACGUUAAAACUGACUAUCGUGUGAAAUCAGCUCCUCCUAGUAGGAAACAAGUUUCUAGUGAAAAGAAUUCGCCAGCUUCAACUCCCAAAGAAUCAGGUCGGACUUACAUAACAGCUCAAAAUUAUUUGCAAAAUUUGUUUCCAAAAUCGCAGCGAUACAUACAUAAAUCUGUGUAUGAAGUUACCUCCCCUAAUAAGAGUGACCCAACUGACAACGUCCGUGGCAGGUGUACCAAUGUCACUGCCGUCCUAAAUAAACCAAUAGCCUGUCCUUCAGAAACUGGAUUUAAAAAGCAAACACGACCAUUUCGCUCUUGUUAUAGUGCAAACACUAUUCGUAAAAUAGGAAAACAAAAGGAAAAUAAAAAGAUGAAUUGUAUUGGAGGAGAAAUGUUUUCAACAUCCAAUCACAUGACAUCAGGCAAUAUGAUGACCAGUCACAUGACAACUUCAUCAUCAGGUCAUAUGAAUCGUGUUCAGGAGAAAGAGGAACUUCAGCGUUUGAACGAUAGGUUCAGUGCUUAUGUACAGCGUGUACGACAGUUGCGAGAGCAGAGUGGACAAAUUGACUCUUCAUCAUUUCUGAAGACCACAAAACAACUAGAGGAUGAAGUGGCAAAUCUAAAGAAUUUAUAUGAACAUGAACUUCACAAUGUCAGGUGUCAGCUUGAUGAGGUGACAAAAGAGAAGAACUCGUAUCAUCUACAGUUUAACAAGAGUAACCAAACUGCAGCUGACCUUCAGGACAGACUUUCAGUGGAAGUGGACAAGAACAGAAAGAUAACAGACGACAUCAAUGUGUGUCAGAGGAAGAUAAUGGCUUUACAGACAGAGCUGGAGGAUGCCAAGAUGUCCUCCAGUCAGCCUUAUGAGGAUAUGAAUCGCCUCCAAAGGGAUAUAGACAGUCUUGUGCGAGAAAAUGAAAACUUCAAGCGAAGAUAUGACAAGGAGCAGUUGAUGAGACAGGAGUGUGAAGACAAGCUGAGUCAAUGUAUAAAGAAGGCAGAGUUUAGUGAGCAGGUGUUAAACCAGCAGUUAAAUGAGGCCCGUGAACGCCUUAACGUGUCAACAGCUACCAUAUUAUCCCUGGAGGGUCGUGUGCGGGAUCUGAGCAAAACCGACACUACUGUGCCUGAAAUGAUUCGCCAGGUCAGAGAGGCAGCAGAGGAAGAACUUGCCCAGUACAAGACCAAUUCUGAAAAUGAGUUUGCUCGCAAUAUAAACUCACUGAAGGUCCAAAUGGAAAAUGAUGCCCAGACAGUCGAGCGGAUCAACCGAGAGAAGUCUGAACUCUUAGGAAGUACAGGAGAGUUGAAGGCCAGGAUUACCUCCCUUGAGGGACAGAUACAUAUGCUGGAACACCAAAAGAAAUCGGCAGAAGAAAUGUUACAGCAGGAAAGACAACGAUCUGCUGAGCAAAUCCAAAUCAUGGAAAAGAAAUUCCGGGAAGUCCAAGAUUUACUGAUCGUAAAAAUGAGGGAAGUCAAUGUGUCACGAGACACAAACAUCCCACUGAAGGCUGAGAUAGAGGCUAUGAAAGUUCUAUUAGAGGAGGAGGAGCGAAGACUUCUUAACUCUGCUGUAUUUACUACACAACAAACCACAACUAAGCCAGCUAUUGCAUCAUACACUACCGCCACACGACCUUUGACCCCGUCGGCUCCACCUAUAUCCCCAGUUAACCCAACCCUGUCAGCAUACAUGCAGCAGACGGAGGUUGGACCGGAUACAUUGCUACCCCAGACAGACAUGCUUGACCCUGUCGUGUCGUCAGCCUUAGCCAGACAAGAAUAUGAAACCAUGGCAACCUCUCCUGACAUUCCUAGUGCCACACGCUAUACCUAUGAGGCAACACCUAGUAUGAACCGCCUGCAGAUAGAACCAUCACCACCUGUAACUCCUCGACCUGUCGGUCCUGUUGUCAGAGUCAAGUCAGCCCCAGCCUCGGGCCACAGUAACCAGGGAAGGAUAACAGCCACUGGACUUGUACCGGCCAGUCUUGGUCAAGGAAAGGACUACUUUGAUGAAAUGUUCCGUGAUCUUACAAAAGAGACACUUUACACACAAGUACGCCCUAAAAGUAGUCCUUCUGAACGGCAACCAACAUCUACAUACCAUGAUUAUAAUACAUCCACCUCCAGCCAAAGUGAGAGUAUAGGGAUUCCAGGCUGUGACUCUCCUGACCCUACGGCGUUUACAUUUAGUGAGGGUAAGAAAAACCAGAAAGUCAAGUUAAAACGCAAAUUGUGUGGUGAACAGUACUACUACGCCAGUGCCAUAGGAGACAUCAAGAUCCUCGAGGUGAAUCAGGAGGGCAAGUACGUCCGACUGUCAAACGACUCAGAACAGGAGACAGAAUUUGGAGGGUUUAUGAUACAGCAGAACGUUGGAGGACAUCCAGUAGCUGUUUACAGAUUUCCUGGCCGCGCUAAAUUUCCCAAACAAUCAACAAUUACUGUGUGGUCAGGAAGUAACGAGGCAAUCCUACACCAACCCCCUACAGACUACGUGUGGAAGGAGCAGACUAAGUGGGGUACUGGACCUGAGUGUACCACCAUCCUGUGUAAACCUAACGGACAGGCUAUUGCAUGGACUACAGCAGCACACAGAUUUACCAGAAACGCGUUUGAAGAUACACGACCGAACUCCGAUUUAGACGACUACCAAGAAAACAUGGAACCUGUCAUGAAUACUGACCAGGAAAGUUUAACAGACAUGACUGUCAACAUAAAUGAACCACGACCAGAUCCUGUAUAUUUACGCAGGGAGAAGCAAGCUCCACCAACACUAGCCCCGCAAAAACACCCACAUGGCAUCAGUCCUGGGCGAGAGUCCCACCCCCACUCUGGACAAGCCAGGCCUUUAACAUAUGGCAAUGAUAACAGUACCGUCAACCGUCAAUCUCGAUCUCAGACCACUCGUCCUGAUCCAGUCCCAGGUCAACCUUAUGCUGGAGCAGCAGCUCAAAAGAUGGGAAGUGCACCACUGCGCAAAUUUUCACCAAACCAGAUGACCCGUGGAAAUACAAAUAUGUCCAAACAAUCGUCAUUUUGGAACAGCUCAUCAAGAAAUAGAAAGACUGAAAAUGAACGGCCGUCUACUCCUCCAAAUUCGUUUAUGACCCCCCACAACCGAUUUGAGAAGGGGCUAAAGCAGAUCCAGUCUCAACAUAAUAUGGAUUUCCUUCCCCCCAUGCCACGACCUCCUCUCUUCUCCUCAUGGUAG